GGCGUCCAUGGAGGUCAGUUUCCUUUGAUACAAAGCAGGAACUUUGGCCUCCAGAGAACAUCUCGGCUUGUUUCAUCUCUUUGGAGAUGUUUAAGUAGAGAAGCUGUUGAAGAGCGUCGGUUGCUGGUCAGUCGACACAAUGAGUUUCCUCUUUUCAUGAGAAUCAUCACUUCACCCACUCCUGCCUUCUACCUCUAAAGACUCAGUGUUGUUAUAUACAUAUAUUUUACAUCAUGUUAUCAUUAUGAUUCAUUUAUCAAUUUUAAAUCUCUUGUCAGAGACAGCAUUUUUUUCUGAGGCUGUUUUUCCAGAGAAGACUGAUUAUAAGAGUUUUUAUUCUCUUAUAUGACACUAUUUAUGCCGUUAGUUCUUAUCUAAUUGUAUUUUUCUUUUCUUGUUAACUUCUCUAUCUCUUCCAUGCUUCUCCUGUCAGAUGCAACUGUUUGACAUUAUCAGACUGUAAUACCCUCUCAUACACAAAAGUUCUCCUUUGCUUUUGUCUUAAAGUUUCAACCAUUCGUGCCGAGGGCAAAGCUCACUGAACUGAAUCCCGCUUGGCUGUUUUAGUUGUUUUUUUUUCAAUUUUUGUGACACCAUGUGGUCCACCUUUUUUGUGACCGAUGAGGAGGGCCGCACUGUUGGCCCGGCGUCGCCAGGGGGGGGGGCUGCACCGGGAGGGGCACCCCAGGGCGCGGGGGCCAUGUCCAGCCUCAUGACUGGACGCAGUACAUUUGGGGGGAACAAGCGGCGCAGGACGACGUCAACGGGACACUCCUUGAGCGAGGCCCAGGAAGGGAAGAUCAAGUUGGCAUUCUUCGUGGCCAUCGUAGGCGUGGUCCUCACGGUCCUCGGGAUGGGGACGGAGUUUUGGGUGGAGCUGUCACCUCCUAAGGGUUUCUACAACAAUCAGACCUGUCUGACAGCUCACUACGGCCUGUGGAAGGGCUGCACAAAGACCUUGUGGGUGUCCGACAUCGACCCAGAGAGAGCGAGCUGUGGACCUGCUGAACUACACGGAGAAUCAAACUGCACCUACUUCAAGUUUUUUACCACAGGGGAAAAUGCCGUGAUGUUUCAGAAGACCACAAGGAAGAAUUUGAAUGUAGCGGCAGCCAUGUUGGCCCUGCUCAGCCUGUUCCUAAUGGUGAUGGGGGCCAUUUGCAUCACCAUGGCCCUCAGCAAAGAGAUAGUCUUCUUCCUCAAGCCAGCGUCCGUCUGCUUCAUUCUGUCAGGGGUCCUGGUUCUUGCCACUCUGAUGGUCUUCCACCAGUCCGUCCUGGCCUUCCUGGCCAGUGACCACACGGUUCCGCUCCACCACGAGCUGUCCUGGUCGGUGACGUGCAUCGGCUGUGCGGCGGGCGUUCUCAUUGUGGGAGGGGUCCUCUUCCUGCUGCUGGCGCUGCCCUACAGCCCCUGGCGGAGGUGCCUCCCCCAGAAGGACAGCAGCAGCUAGGCGCCCUGGAGGGCUUGUGUUGCACUUUUGUUUGACGGGGAGGGAGUGUUUCCCAAAGACGUCUUAGCAGAGAGGUUGCUUUGCUGUUAUAUUCGGGUUUCACAUGCAUCGUAGUAAAGACAGCUCACGCGGUACAUAUGCUUUGUUUUAGAUUAAGUGUCAGCUUGGUGCCACGCUUUACAAAUUGUUUGUCGAGGAGAAACGUUGAGCUGACUGAGAAGGAGAACAUCGGUUAAUCAGCCAAAAAGUGUGACACGCGGCCAUGUUGCGUCAGUACUUUGCUCGGCUGGUUCAUGUUAAAGCAAACUGAGCCCGAAUGGGAGGUGAACCAACUGUGUAUGAAUGACAUUUUAUUAUUAAACACAACGUGAAUAUUUAU